GCGAGAGAGAGAGGCUAGGGGAGGGAGGAGAGAGCGAAAAUAAGAGGUGAAAGAGCGAAAGAGGAGAGCGGCGGCACACGGAUCACCCACCCUCAGAAAACACCAUUCAGUCGCUUAUUUCGCCCGUGAUUCUGCUAUGCGCAUCGGGCGAGGAGGACACGCCACUUGCGCUUUGGUUUUGGAUUGCUGCUGAAUCUUCUAGCGUUCACCAAUGGACAGGAUGGAGCAUUGGAGACAGUGCGCGCUAUGGCUGAUCAACUGUAAGGUGCUGCCACCGAACCAUCGGGUGACAUGGGAGUCCGCUCAGGUGUUCGACCUGGCCCAGACCCUGCGGGAUGGAGUCCUCCUGUGUCAGCUUCUCAACAACCUGAGACCCCAGUCCAUCAACCUGAGGGAGAUCAACCUGAGACCUCAGAUGUCACAGUUUCUCUGCCUGAAGAACAUCAGGACAUUUUUGCACGCCUGCUCAGAGAUAUUCGGCAUGAAGAAAAGCGAGCUGUUCGAAGCGUUCGAUUUGUUCGAUGUUCGGGAUUUCGGAAAGGUUAUGGACACGCUGUCCAAACUCUCUCAUACGCACAUUGCACAGCAGACUGGAAUAAGGCCGUUUCCCACAGAAGAGAGUGUUGAGGAUGAAGACAUUUAUAACCAUCUUGAGGAUCUGAUAGAUGAGAACGGUGUUGAAGAUGAGGAGGAUCUCUAUGACUGUGUGUACGACGAUGAUGAAGGUGGUGAGGUGUAUGAAGACCUGAUGAAGGUCGAGUUGGUUCAGCCACAGAAACAGGCAGAGACGGACAUCAGGAGCUGCUGUCUGAUGGAGAUCAAGCAAACUGAGGAGAAAUACACUGAGACACUGGACUCUAUAGAGAAAUUCUUUAUGAAGCCUCUGGGACAGUCGCUGUCCAGCGUGGAGAUCGAAAAAGUGUUCAUCAACAUACCAGAUCUUGUGAAAGUGCACACGAGUCUCCUGAGGGAAGUGCAGGAUUCAGUGCUCAUGCACAACGCCACAAACCUCUACCAGAUCUUCAUCAAAUACAAAGAAAGAUUAGUCCUGUACGGCAAAUACUGCAGUCAAGUGGAAUCUGCCAUUGCAUGUCUGGAUGACAUCUGUAAGAACAGAGAGGACGUCCGGCAGAUGCUAGAGUUGUGUUCAAAGCGAGCCAAUAAUGGGAAGUUUACUCUCAGAGACCUGCUGGUUGUCCCGAUGCAGAGAGUUUUAAAGUAUCACCUGCUUUUACAGGAGCUGGUCAAACACACACAUGAUGCCACUGACAAGACUAACUUACGGCAGGCGCUGGACGCCAUGAAGGAUUUGGCUCAGUAUGUCAACGAGGUGAAGAGAGACAUCGAGACUCUACGAGACAUCGACCAGUACCAGAAGUCCAUAGAGAACCUUAAUCAGUCUCUCCGUAACUAUGGCAGACCAAAAGGUGACAGCGAAGUGCGAGUCGCUUCAGUCGACAAACGAGCCAAACAAGACAGGCACAUUUUCCUGUUUGACUCGGCCGUGAUCGUAUGCAAACGGCGAGGCGAUAACUACGAGAUGAAGGAGGUGAUCGACCUCCACUCCUUCAAGAUCACCAACAACCCCACCUCAGAAAAAGAAAACCGAAAGUGGUGCCAUGGAUUCUACCUCACACACAACCAGGGUCAAAACGGCUUUGAGUUCUUCUUCAAAACCAAGGAGCUAAAGAAGAAAUGGCAGGAGCAGUUUGGCAUGGCAUUAUCGAACAUCUGUCCAGAGAGCGGGAAAUGUAAUUUCCAUGAGUUCCGCAUGCACACCUUUGAGACAACCACAUCCUGCAGCUCAUGUGAAAUGCUGCUGAGAGGGGUCUUCUAUCAAGGUUACCGGUGCUCUAAAUGUGGUGCUGGCGCCCAUAAGGAGUGUCUCGGCAGGGUGGAAGUCUGUGUCAAAAGCAGUGCCGGUACCCAAACCUGUUGACUACUCUUCACAGCUUUGGUUUGCAGGCCCGAUGGAGCGAGUGCAGGCAGAAGCUGCUCUGCUCAACAAAAGGAGCAGCACAUAUAUGGUCCGUCACCGCAGUCGAGAGUUUCAUGAAUAUGCCAUCAGCAUCAAGUACAAGAACGACGUGAAACACAUCAAGAUCUUAACAAAGGACGGAUUAUUCUACAUUGCGGAAAACAGGAAGUUCAGUAGCAUUUUGGACCUCAUCCAGUAUUACAAGAUUCACUCUCUGCGGGAAGGAUUCAGGACACUUGAUACCACGCUGAAGUUUGCCUACCGCGAGCCGGAGAAUGGAGCCAACAACCCUCUGCUCUGCGGCCUGUCUUUUCUAACUCCCGCCGGCUACAGCUUUGUCCCCCCCUCUACCACCCCAUUCUGGUCAGUGUUCUCUCAGAAGGGGAUUGGGGUUGCCAUCGCCCGGUAUGACUUCAGCCCGCGGGACACCAGGGAGCUGUCCAUGCAGGAGGGAGAUGUGGUGAGGAUCUACAGCAAAACUGGAGCUAGCGGAUGGUGGAAGGGCGAAGUUAAUGGACGGGUGGGCUGGUUCCCCUCCACGUACGUAGAAGAGGCCGAGGAGUGAGCAAUCCCACAACAGAAUGGAAAAAAACUAAAUCUGAUGUGUUUGAUUAUCUGAUGAUUGCGUCUUAGAAGACCUGGAGUGGAUCAGGAGCAAGUCCGGACUGAGGUCACACGCCGUGAGCUAUUUCUUCCAUGUGCUUGUGUGUGUGUUUGCUCACUGGGAAACAUGACCUUGCCUGCGUCCUCUUUUACCUGCACUAUUAUUGAUGGCGGCCUACUGUUGGUGGACGGAGCCCGGAGGUGUUUCAACACUCACAUCCAGUCAUUCAUCUCUGAUUAAGAUCAUGCCUCCGCCAUGCUCGUAAUUGAUUGCUGUCUCUUCGCUCUCUCGUAUUUUUCAGAUUUCCACUUUAAAGGAAUGAGCGGUUGUUGUUUUUUUUGUGCGUGGUGUUUGUUGCGCGCUUAUCUCCAGAGAUGUAUUGUUGGGUUGUCAUGCCCUGUUUAUCUGAUUCACGACGGGAGACGCUGACAGGGAACAAAAGGGUACACGGUGACAGGCCUGUAAACAGCUUUUUUAGCCAGCGGCCUAUGGACCUGGAAGCAUUGUGUGGCCCCGUCCGGAAUGGAUGGGCUUAAUGAGUGGGCUUUACACACAUUUGCUGGAGGAAUUGACACAUUGGAAAACAAUGACUCCGAUAAUUCUGUCUGAAAGCCACCAGUGGAUCUGAAGCUGUGUGUUUUUCGAGUGGUGGACCGGUAUGGGGAAUUCAGUGUCUGAUGCUGAUCGCUAAAUCACAGGGUGGGACAAUUAUGUAUUAGAAUAAUUUUACAUCAGAGCCAUAACCAACAUAGACAGUGAGUUAUGCCCAAUCUGAAAUGAACAAAAUAUUAUAUAAAUAUUAUAUAAAGUAACAUUCAUAUUUCAUGCUGCAUUUAUUAAAUCAAAUUAUUUAAAUUAAUAUAUACAUACAUACAUACAUACAUACAUACAUACAUACAUACAUACAUACAUACAUACAUGUGUGUGUAUGUA